GCAAAUGGAGAGUCUGACAAGAAGAUUACAUGCCACCCGUACACACAAGAGCGAAAACGUGAGGCCCCAAUUCUCUGCUCAAAAAGGCUUGAUUUCUCUUCCACAAACACACAUACACACGCACAACGGAAGAAAAAUGCAGCUUCUUCACGCUCCGUUUUCUUCUACUCGGGCGCUUCACUGCUCCAUAUCGCAGUCAAAAGAGAGACCUGUGCAUGUCGCUGGUAAAUCUCUGCUUGAACCCGUUACUGCUACGUUAUUUACAUCUAAAAGACAUUUGAGGCGAGCAUGGUAUUCGUAUAAGGAUUCAGGAUGUAGUUCAGUCACACCUAAAGCUGCUCCAUCCCAAGUUUCAGAAGUAGCAAGUGGAACAGCUGAGACUGAUGUCCUAAAAGCCUUGUCCCAGAUAAUUGAUCCAGAUUUUGGCACUGACAUCGUCUCAUGUGGGUUUGUGAAGGAUCUUAAAGUCAGCGAGGAGUCAGGAGAGGUUUCAUUUCGGUUAGAGCUCACAACACCAGCAUGUCCAGUGAAGGAUAUGUUUGAGAAGAAGGCUCAUGAGGUAGUGGCAGCACUUCCCUGGGUCGAAACGGUCAAGGUGACCAUGUCUGCGCAACCAGCGAGACCUGUUUUUGCUGGUGAACUCCCAGCAGGUCUACAAACAAUAUCAAAUGUGGUGGCUGUUUCUAGUUGCAAGGGAGGGGUGGGAAAAUCAACCGUAGCCGUAAACCUUGCAUAUACUUUGGCAGGUAUGGGUGCAAGAGUUGGUAUCUUUGAUGCUGAUGUAUAUGGUCCUAGCUUGCCAACAAUGGUGUCCCCAGAAAACCGGUUGCUUGAAAUGAAUCCGGAGAAGAGAACUAUCAUCCCAACUGAAUACAUGGGUGUUAAACUUGUAUCUUUUGGAUUUGCUGGACAAGGCCGUGCAAUAAUGCGUGGACCAAUGGUUUCAGGGGUCAUCAAUCAACUACUGACUACUACUGAAUGGGGUGAACUUGACUACCUCGUCAUAGACAUGCCCCCUGGAACGGGUGAUAUUCAACUUACAUUGUGCCAGGUCGUCCCAUUAAGUGCGGCUGUUAUUGUUACCACACCUCAGAAGCUAGCAUUCAUAGAUGUUGCCAAAGGAGUCCGCAUGUUUUCUAAGCUAAAGGUUCCUUGUGUUGCAGUGGUUGAAAACAUGUGCCAUUUUGAUGCUGAUGGAAAACGAUAUUAUCCAUUUGGCAGAGGUUCAGGUUCUCAGGUUGUCCAGGAGUUUGGGAUCCCCCAUCUAUUUGAGCUUCCUAUCAGACCAACUCUAUCAGCUUCUGGAGAUAGCGGAGUACCUGAAGUCGUGGCUGAUCCUCAAGGUGAAGUUGCGAGAGCAUUUCAAGAUUUGGGUGUCUGUGUCGUGCAACAGUGUGCCAAAAUCCGCCAACAAGUCUCAACAGCAGUCACUUAUGACAAGUCUAUGAAGGCAAUCAGAGUCAAAGUACCUGAAUCAGAUGAAGAGUUCUUUUUGCACCCUGCAACUGUGAGGCGAAAUGAUAGAUCAGCUGAAAGUGUGGAUGAAUGGACUGGUGAGCAGAAACUACAGUAUGCCGACAUCCCUGAGGACAUUGAACCUGAAGAAAUUCGGCCAAUGGGGAAUUAUGCUGUAUCAAUAACAUGGCCAGAUGGUUUUAACCAGAUCGCUCCUUAUGAUCAACUGCAAAUGAUGGAGCGUUUGGUUGAUGUUCCUCAGCUUCUGCAUCAAUAAAACAUCUUUGAUGACACUCAGAAGUCGCGCUCAUUGGUUUUUCUGGAAUUUAUCUAAAGUUUACGGUUGUGGAGAAUCUCUCUGGGUUCCUUUGUUGAUUCACUAAAUUCUUUUUUACACUUUGAGCGGCAUCAAUAACUCAAGUAUACUGCAGAAGCUCAUAUUUCAUUCCUUCAUUCAGGCAUAGGCUGAACUUCAAGUUGUAUAUAGAUAUAGUUUAAAGAUGCUCUUAACAGUGGUUACUGCAAUCAAAGAAAAUUAAUGUUACAAAUUUUCAUAUUC